GCCUCUUUCCUUUUCCGGAGCCUCGGAGGGUCGUAACUCUGAUCGCCGCUCGACAGAAUUGUCUAGGAUGAUCCCCUUCCAAGAGAGAAACGGGAGCCCUGGCAACAAAGAAUAUAUGGAUAUGUGCCUGCAAGCCAAAAAAGACCUGGAAGUGGCGAUUGCUGAAAUUGUCCAAGCCGAACAGCAAGUCAAAGACAACUGGAAAGAGGUGAAGGCUCAGGUUCACAGCUGCAUCAGUCGCCACCUGGAAAGCCUGCGAAGCCGCGAAGUUUGCUUGCUGGAACAGGUCGACCUCAUCCAGCAGCUGAAGGAAGAGACUUUACAGCAACAAGCACAGCAGCUCUGUUGGUUGUUGGGACAAUUCAGCUGCCUCAUCCGCCAGCUGGAGCAACCUCAAAGCGGCGGUGACCUUACAAAUCAGAUUUCGGCAUGCUUUGAGAGUCUUGGCAGUUUGACUCUCCAGCCUGAAGAAACGUCCAUCCUGAAUUUUGAGGCUGACGUGGCAUUUCUUCGCCAGGCAAUCACCUCCUUUGGCUCCAUUAGAACAAUGCAAACUUCCGAUAAAGAGGAUUACGCCCCUUGGAUCUCUGUGCAGAACUGUCCCGUGAUGGCUAGUUUGGAAAAGCCCAAACCUUUCCGUGGAGUGCUGGGCUGCCCUCUCUCCGACUGGCUUCUUGGAACCAAAUCCGAUGGCGUGCGCUAUACCCCUUAUGUUCCUAGCUACAAGCAGGAGGACUGGCUCUUGAAAACCCAUGCUGGGGAGGCCAAUCAGGAUUUAAAGCCUCCAGAAGUGUGUUAUUUGGAGAAAGCAUGGGGGAACCUGAGAAGCUUGGAGAACUGGCUUUUGCAGAACCAGCAGCGGGACCUCCCGGAGAGGGCGGACCUCCGCCGACGGAAGAGCUCCACUUCCACCAUCGCUUCCACCUUGUCCAUCGAGAAGAUCGACGAGCUGGAGUUCUUCGAGCAAGACGACGCCGAUCUUUCCGAAUGGCUUCUGGUGUCUUCCGAGCCCGAGAACAGGAACGCCUCCGAUGAGAAGUGGAGUUGGGUUUUUAAGCCUUUCCGGGAAGAUUAUAACCCCAACGAUUGGCUGUCUAAACCUGAUUCUUGCAAUCACUGUUGCGGCGGCCAAGCCAGCGGCGUGGAGAUAGAAAACCUGGGCAAUCUCAAAUGCCUUAGCGAGCACCUUGAGGUGAGGAAGCCGCUGAACGCCGACAGCUGGCUGCUGCCACCCGCUUUCAACGUGGAGGAUCUAUGCAGAGCCAACGAGCCGUGCUCCAGCUUCUCCGAGUGCGUGUGUGACCAGAACUGUGAAAAGGAAGCCCUGUGCAAAUGGCUUCUGAGGAAAGAAGGCAAGGAUAAGAACGGCAUGCCGAUUGGGGAGGUCUCGGAACCCGAGGAACGUCAGCCCAUGGGGAACAUCUGGCUCCAUCCUUCUCGGCCGGCGGAGGCGGAUUGGGCUAGCUCUGCUGUAAAGCAGGACGUUGUCCGGGAGGGGGCAGAACCUCUGAAAGAAUUGCUGGAAAGCUCGUUGUCCUCUUGGCUAGCCAAGCGAGAAGUCAACGCUUCCCACGGUGGCGAAGAGAAGGCCAUCCGAGAGGAGGCCGAAGUAAGCCAUAAGGGGACCCUCCUGGAGCUGCUCGCGCCCUUCCACCUCCCUUUCAACAUAAACAGCUGGAUCUUGUCGUCAAAGAGCGCAGACAUCUCCAGCCAGCCUCUCGUAGAAGAUAAAUGGCUACUACGGAAGAAAGCAUACGAGAGUGGCCUUCCCGCCGUUUGUGACCUCUUUGCCUGUAUGAAUCUGAGUGGAGAUAAAGAAAAGUGGCUGUACCAGACGCCUUUACAGAUGUGA